GUACAUAUUUGCAUGUCGACUGGACGAGUAUGAGCAUGUGUCCAGUUACCAGCAGCUUAACUACAAAAAGUCUUUGUCCUCUUCUGUCCUGAUUUUUUCAAAUCACUUUCGUUACUCCAGUGCAUAGUACGCAUUUACUUGUUGAAUCCCAUCCUGCACUUUCAUCAUCUUCUUCGUCUCUUCCGGUAUAUUGAAUCCUUGGUUUUGUGGGUUACGAUUAGUUUUUUGCGUGUAAACAAAUACAGAUUAGAGCUUAUCAAUCUGUGGACGGAGGAGAGCUUGCGGUUUCAUAAAAGCUCUCUCAAGAAGUUCAAUAUUGACACAAAUUCACGAACCCUUGUCCCACAAAUAAAAAUGCUGCAAUGAUAAUGAAACUUGUGUGGUCCACGCGCAGCAGUGGUUGUUGUCAAAAAUUCUCAUUUGUGGUAGGAAUCGAAACGAUAAAGACGACUCCUCCAGAAUAAGAAGAAGACAAGAAGGGCUUGAUGAUAGACGAGCUGUAUUCCAAAUCAGUUGGUGUCAGUUGAAGAACACAGAGCAUCACAAUGAUAACGUCCGUGUACCUCUUCCUCCUCCCACUUUUCGCCAUCAGCACCGCGUCGUCCCCCUUUCACGACGACCUUCCCACCCUCAAAGGCAAAGUCGUGACGGGCAUCUACUCCGAGGAAUCCCCCCUCCAAACCCUCCUCUACGAAAAAGUAGUCCCCCUCGUCUUCGAAUUCCGUCUCCGUUCCGACCUCUGGUCCAAUCUCCCCGUCGGUUUCAACAAGUUCAAAAUCCUUCCCCGUCUCAACUGCAGGUCCGACAAUAAAUCCGCUACCACCUCCACGACCGAUUGGCUCUUCACCUGCCCCGUCUUCUUCCACGUGCACGAAUUCCUCAAACAGUACAAAGCCAACUAUACCGAUAUCCACCCCGCCUUCCGAGCCGGACUGCGACAAGCAACCACCGGACAACAGCUUCCCCAAGACUACCAAAAAUUCUCGCACCACGCUUCCCUCCACUUCGAGGACUGCGAACAGAUCAUUGCCCGCUCGUGGAAGGGCAUUUACGGGCGUGACAUGGGUCUCGCCGAGUAUCGCGUCCUCCUCGAAAAGUGCAACACCCUCCCGUCCUACUUCGAGGAGCAGAUCACCGACUACACGUCCGACCCGGGGACGCUCUUUGACGCCAUGAAGGACAACUUCAUGGCGCCGGAUCCCGAUUCGGGUGAAAUGAUUAACAACCUCCUCGCCCUCCAGGGUCUCCACCUGAUCAACACUUUCUCCGAAAUUACCCGGUUACGAGAGGCACUCCUUUCCUGUCAGAAUCACGUCCUGCCCUACUCCUUCCUUAAAGUGGGCAGGUUGGACAAAGCCUUGCAGGAACUCAGGUUGAAACUCAUCCCGCAAAAGUACACCCUUCCAACGGGGCUGACCAUCUCCAAGCUGCUCAAACUGCCCGUGGCCGACUGCAUCUUUGGUCCCACGACGAUGGUCGUGCAGCUACUUCUUCCCGUCCUCCGGGUGGAGAGGAGCUACAGCCUGAUGCGGUUUACCUACCCCACGUUCCUUUAUGAGGACCAGUUGUGCGGGGUCAAGAGCGUCUCUGACCUCCCGAGACACGCGCAACCAGAAUACUUUCACUUUGACCGGGCAUCGAGAACCUUGAUGGAGGCGAGCCGUCCUGCAGGUGACCUUUGUCACAUGCCCGAUUCUUCGCAGCGCCCGCUCGUCAAUCGCUGCAUUUUCGAGCUCUUGAACGCCUCCUUUGAAGCGAUCCGAGUCCGAGAGUUUUGUUCCCUUCAUUGUGACCCGCUUCCGCCGGAAUACGGGAGAAAAACGCUGCCCUUGAUUCAACGCGUUUCUCCGACCAGAUUUGUCAUCGCGGUUAAUCGCAUUACUUCAAUACUGAUAAAAUGUGAAGGAAAACCGGACGAGAUGAUUACACCGCAAAUUUAUGGCAGUGUGGAGGUCACGCUUCCCUGCAAUUGUUAUCUGACUUAUCACGAUGAUAAGUUCUAUGCUAGAGCCCCGUGUGGAAACAGCCUUUUUGUCCAGCACGUGAUUCCGGAUCACAUGGUCAACUCGAGCUGGAAUCAGGAGGGGAAAUACUUUCUGGCCGAGCCGACGACGAAGGUCAAUUUCUCGUUGUUUUCUCCGGAGGACACAGUCUCUCUCGUGGACUUGGAAAGUAUUAGUUCUUCUGCGGAACGGGGGGAAAGUUUGACGCUGUCAUCCCCAAAAGUAGAGGGUGACGAUGGGAGUGGUGGGAAUAAUACUGACGACGCUUGCUAUUCGGGUCACAUGUAUCUCUGGGCCUUCGUCACGGCACAAACGAUCGUCCUCUGUGUCCUCAUGUCAUUUCUGAUCGUAAAAUUCAACUCGUUAUCGAAACAGUAUGAGUAUGGAAGGGGUGCGGUGAGCUUCAGCGUGUCGCAAAUUACCAAUUUAGACGAGAACAAGUAGUAGAUAGAAAUGUCGAUGUGCAGGGGUUGACAAAAUACAAAUGAAAAUAAAUACAGUAUUUUGAGCUUCGUUCUUCCCAGGGUUUGGAUUUCCAGGGCUGUUACAUCCACAAAAAGACGAAAAUCUACGUGGAGAAGAUAACGGUCAUAUGAAAAUAAAGGUUUUGUGAAGAAAUCAGCUUUUUAUCGCUGUCAAAAUACUGUUUUCGCGAUUUAUAAAUAAAGUAUUUUGACAGCGAUAAAAGGUUAUUUUCCUCACAAGCCUUGAGAAGACCGGAGCUCAAAAUCCCGUAUUUUGACAAAGUAUUCUGUCCAUCUCGGUGAAAUAGUGAUACUUUCGUAAAUAGUUCUAACUUUGUAAAUAUUAAAUGCAACGAUAAAUGCAAAUAAAUUAACAUAUGUACAUA